UUUCAGCUGUCAAACAGUGAACCGUUGUGUCUUUGUUUUACGUAGUAUAGAGAAACACAUUCUGUUGAGUGCGUGUGUUUGUGAUUUUAGUGCUGUUUUAUAAAAAAAUAUUUAUCGCAAAACGUUUUUUUUCUGGCUGCUUUUGUUAUUUUAAUUUAAUAUUAAAUAAAUUCUUGAACAAAACAAUAUUUCCUUGUCUUGUCUGAUAUAAAAAAAAAGAAAAUUUUGCUCAGAGGAAAAAUCUUUAGCCUCCAUAUACCCCUUGUCAGCUCUCAAAACAACAACAGUUAAACAAUGUUUGUGUCAAAAUAUUAAAAAAAGAAAAGUUGAUGAAUAAAUAUAGAGAAAAAAUUAUAAAACGUAAAUAUGGAAGAAAAUAUAAUAAUAAUAAAUAAAGUUGUUGUGUGAUAAAGAAAAAACAAAUUUGUCAAUUAUUUUUAUUUUUUAUUGUUGUUUGGUGAUUCAUGCCUGAAUUUGCGUGUGUUCAUUGUUCCGUGCUAAUGUUGUUGUUUUUGUUAUAAAACGAUAUAUCAAUAAAUUCAUGUUCAAUCAAUAAAACUAUGUGUAAUCUUUAAAAGAAAACUAUUAAAUUAAACAAAAAAAAAAAAACAUUCACACACACCACAAAGGAAACAUAUGUUUAUUGUUAUUAAAUUAAUUAAUCAUCUUCAUCAUCAGCUUCAUCGUACCGAAAACAAAAUCUGAGUUAGCAGUCAAAAAUCACGAAUUUUUGAUCUUGAACUAACAUGAAAACUGCAAAAAUCUUUUUCAGAAAACAAAAAUCCAAAAUGGGUUUAAGAGCUAAAACCUCAACAGCAGCUGUGAAUAGUACUAGCGGCUCCAAACAUAAUGCUUCAGCAAAUAAUUGUAAAUUUUUAAAUGGCGGCAAAAAACUUAAUAAUAGAACAACCACAACAACAAAACAAACGGCAGUUGUUACUCCGGCUACCACAGGCUCACUUUUGAAUAAAGUGAUGUUGCCCUGUUUGAAUUGUAAAACCGCUUUGGCAGAAACCACAUGCUGCAGUAUAACCAGCAUACGUACCACCUAUCGCAGUAGUUCCACCUCUGCUUUAUUGAAUACAGCGGCUACAGCAUCUUCAUCGUCAUCGUCCUCACCAUUAAUGUCCUCCAACAGUAUGCGUCCCCAAACCCUAAAUGUUCACAAUUAUCAUGAAACACCAACGGAUCAUACACAAUUAUUUUUGGGUGAGGUGUUAGCUGCCUGGCGUGCCAAAGCAAGAUGCAAUGUGGUACCAGCCGAACGCACACAAGAACUAUUUCAGGAGUUAAGUUUUCAUCCCAAUGACAAGCAAAUAAGCGAUAUGUUGCAAACAGCUAAAAUGUUGGCUCGCAAAGGCAGCCGACAAUCAAAUGGUUUAACAUUUGGCGAAUUUUGUGUUUUAGCAGCAGAUCUUAAAAGAUUUCGAACAUCUUCAUUUGGCUCUACAUCGCCUGGUUACUGUGACAAACCUAAUUUACUGGGCUCUCUACAUAAUGAUGAUAAUGGUGUGGCUGAUAAUACUGACAGCGAGAAUACAGCCUCUGCCACUACAAAAACAACAACUACAGCAACUACAACUAAACAUGAUACCAGCACCCAUACAAAUACAAAUUGCAGCUUUCCGGGAAAUGAGUUGCGCAGUACAAAAUCUUUAAGUAAUGUGGAAGACUGCAAAAGAAUUGGCAAACAGCGUAAAACCAGCGAAAAUACCUCUGCACCCGUUGAAGUGUUUUUGGGUGGCUCUUGUAAUCCCACAACAUGGCGUGCUGAUGUAGCUAUACCUGCUUUAAAAGAACUAGGCAUUUCAUUCUACAAUCCGCAAGUUUCCGAUUGGACGCCAGAUCUCAUUGAAUUGGAACAUCGUGCUAAGGAAAAAGCGCGUGUCUUAUUUUUCGUUAUGGAUUCAGAAACUCGCGCGUCUGCUGGUGCCAUUGAGGCGGCACAUAUAGCGGGUCAAAACUGCAAGCAGCUGGUGCUGGUGCUGCAUCCGUAUAAACCGAAUCAGAGUAUACUCAAUGAGCGUAUAUCACAACAGGAAUAUAUUGAUCUAACUCGCAAUCAACAGAUUUUACGCGAAUUGGUAACGCGCCGUGGAUUGCCCGUGCUCAGUAAUAUACCUUCUGGUCUCCAGCGUACUAAGGAAAUUUUAGCCGGUUUUAGGGAUCCUCCAUCGAAUAUAGCUUCAAUAUUAGUUGUAAUACGUGGUGCUUUUGAUCGUGUCAAUCCCAUUUACGAUCUAAUCACUGUUGAACAGUGUCAACAAGCUCUCUUAUAUUUGGGCUAUGCUCAAAGUCUUGUUAACAUGGACAAUUUAAAUAAAAUCAUUGCGGCUCAACGGGAAGCUCUAGGAGCUCUAAACGAUGACAAGAACAGCAUUAAUAACAAACAUAGUACAAACUCUCAAAAACCUAAAAACAGCAACACCAACCCCACAACAUGUGCUCAACAACAACAACAAAAUCCUAAAAUCAAUAGCAGCUCUCAAUUGGAUCAUUUAGAUUUCAAUCUAUUCUGUGUUAUAUCGGCCUAUUUAUCGGUACUGCAGCAGGAAAUACAUGAAAGUGGCUGCAUUUCACCUAUAAAAGGAACCAAUGUACCACCACCACCGGUGUAUUUAUCAAAUUUGCAAGGUGAGGACUCUUUCGCUAUAAGCUAUUUCAGCAAAAAUAUUUCACGCACUUCCAGCAAUACUAGUGUGCCCAGCAGUGAGGAACGUGCCCUUAACUUAAAUGAUCUUUUAACGCGCAAUCGUGACAGUGGCACCUCAUCGCCGCAGCCCAUAGAACCUUUACGCUCUCGUUCCCAAGCUCAAUUAGGUAAUGCUAAACCACAUGUUCUACUGAAUGUAGAAACUAUUGAAACCACUGAAGUAACCACUACUCAAACCCUACAACCUCAAACUUCGGCUUUCACAGCUCACUCGCCGCUCAACAUAGAUAAUACUGCACAUGCUAGCGCCGUUACGGAAGAGGAAAGUGAUUCUAAUGACUCGGUAUUCUCCAGCAGCAGCUCGAUUAAUUCCAUUAAUUGUUGUGAUCCAGCUUUGGCCUAUAAUAUGCCUGAUUUCCGUGAGGUCUACUUGGGAGGCAGUUGCGUUUUACGCACUAAAUGGCGUCAAGAGCUGGCGGUACCUUAUUUAAAGUCUAAAGGAAUUUCCUAUCAUUUACCCUCACUACAUGAAUCCAUCAAUCCUAGUCAUUUGGAUUUACCCGAGAGCAAAUUACAGCAGCAGCAGCAGCAGGAGGAAGAAGAUAUGGCGAGUACUUCUGCAGCAACGGCCAGUUGGAGAGUGCGUAGACAGCCCACAGCAACGGCAGCUAAUUUUAUGCGUACACGACGAAAAUGUCGCACCAAUAGCGGCACUAAAACGGCCGAAGAAGUCGAAGAGGUGACCAUAGCUGAGGAAUCUCUUAGUUGGACUUUGUCACCGGUACGUACGAAUCUCUUUAAUCCCUCAAUUCUGGACUCCAGCCGGGUAUUGCUGUUUGUGAUCACUAACGAAACACGCUCUCUUGCUCCCAUGACACUGGCAGCUCACUGCAUUGGUCUCAUGUACAAUGUAGUGUUGGCUGUACAAAUGUUACCCAAUGACUGUGUUAUUGGUAAUGAAAAGCUCACUCCAACCGCCAUUAAGGAUUAUAAUCGUGGUCGUUCCUAUUUAAUUGAUUUAGCCAAACGCCAGGGUGUACCCGUUUUCAAUGAUAUUAAGGCAGCUUUAGAGUGUACCGUUGAAAAGAUACAAUCCUAUAAUUCCAGACGUUAUGAAUGAAUGACACUGCAGGGCAGUUUCCUUCAGACAACAAAAGAUUAUAAACCCAU